AUGGGUAUUCCAGGGCUUAUCAAUGCUAUUGGCCCAGGAGAGCGUAUCUCUCUGGCCAAGUUGGCAGUGACGCACCUGGAGCGAACAGCAAGGCCGAUCCGCAUUGCAGUCGACAUUUCGAUCUGGCUCUUUCAAGUCCAAGCCGGUCGAGGCGGAAGAAACCCAGAGUUACGCACCCUAUUUUAUCGAUUAUUGAAAUUACUUGCAUUGCCAGUUCACCCCCUUUUUGUCUAUGAUGGACGGCAAAAACCAGCUUUCAAGAGAGGCAAAGCAGUCUCAGCCCGCAGUUAUGGCAAUACGCCGAUCAUCAAGCGCUCAAAGGACCUCAUUGAGCGAUUCAGGUUUCCGUGGCAUGAGGCACCCGGCGAGGCAGAAGCCGAAUGUGCACGGCUGCAGCAGGCAGGUAUUGUAGACGCUGUCAUGAGCAACGACGUCGAUGCAUUGAUGUUCGGAUCGUCUUUGACCAUCAUGAACUUCUCAAAAGAGAGCGGAAGCGGCAGCUCUUCCGCGACUCAUGUCACAUGCUAUGCGAUGGGACAGGAUGGGCAUCCAUCAAACAUACCCCUUGACCGACCGGGAAUGAUUCUAUUCGCUAUGCUCAGUGGAGGGGACUAUCUACCAUCUGGUGUUCCGAAAUGUGGCAGUAAGCUUGCUGCAGAGAUUGCCAAAGCUGGGUUCGGCGAGGAUCUUUUGCAGGAGCUUGCAUCGCACGCAGACGUGGACACAGGAUUGAACGAGUGGAGAGAAAGACUCCAGUACGAACUUGAGGAGAACGAGAGUGGCUAUUUUACGACGAAACAUCCAGCAGUUCGAAUUCCAGACGUUUUUCCGGACCGACAAAUUCUCGAGUACUAUGCCCGGCCCAAAGUUUCCAGCGAUGAAGUGAUGAGCUCUUUGAAAAGUCGACUCGCGCAGGCCUGGGAUAACGAUAUCGACCCCUUGGCAAUCCGGGCAUUUGCCGCAGACCACUUUGAAUGGAACUAUCGAUCAGGGGCAAGGAAAUUGAUCAGACUGCUGGCCGAGCCUCUUGUCUCGUACAGACUCCGUCUCCAAAGGCCGGUUCUAGGCGUAUCGCCUGGUUUUUCAUUUGUGCCCGAUUGUCCUCCUGGCAUGCAAAAGGUGUAUCGAAGCCGGUCAAGCUUCGGCACUGAUGCAAUGCCAGAACUCCAACUAGAUAUGCUGCCGGCAGAUAUUGUUGGGCUGGAUCUCCUUGCCGAAGAACCAAAUCCGCCUGUUCCAUCCCAAACUAGCGUACAGGAAGGUGAGGAAGAAGACGAUCCGGAAGUAAUUGCUGGGUCGCCACCUCCGACACCAUCGAAGUCUCGGGUCACAAAACGAUUUGAUCCGUUCUCCCUCGAAAAGGUCUGGGUAUUCGAGACUGUCGCAAGAAUAGGUGUUCCUGGAGUCGUCAAAAGCUGGGAGAAGGAACAGGCCGAAAAAGCCGCGAAAGCCGCGGAAGCCGCGGCAAAGAAGAAGACCAGUACUCGACGCACUGGUCCCAAGAAAAAGGGACCAAUCGACGCUGGGAUGAAACGAGGGAGUAUCUUGAAAUACGGAACCCUCACGAAAGAGAAAUCCGAAUUGUCAACGACUAAACAAACCCACUUGUUGGAAGCCACUACAUCGACCCAGAAUCCUCUUUCCCGGCUUGUUUCCGGUUCUGGAUCUUCUUCACCAGUAAUUGUCGACCAGGAAAACGAUCCUUUCUCCUCUCCGAGCAUGUAUAUUCAGCAGAGUCCAUCAUUGACGAGGCACUACGUUUCUCGGGAGGUCGACGAUCUCCUUGAUACAUUCUCUUCAAUGUGUAGCUUGUCUCCUGCCAAUAUCAAGCGUCACCCCAUGUCGAACCAGUCCCGCCUUAGAUCAAGGCGUACAGCUUUGGGAACUGGUGGGGUUGAUAUUGAAGAAUCGGACGCGCUGGGCAUGAACACCGAUUAUUCUCCGUCUCGACCGGCAAGGCGCAUGGGGCUCAAAAUUAGCUACUCGGUCUCCGACGUUUGUGAAUCUGACAGUUUCUUGGAGGACUUCCUAGUUGAAACACCGAUGACAAUGCCCUCUCCGUCCAGGAAGACUCUGCCUAAGUCAAAGAAGAUUCCCAAGGUGCAGCGUGAGGAACAGGCCGGGGUUGAACACAUCGAAAAAGCCAUCGAGUCCCUUUCUCUGUCCUCGAAAAUUGACGAGGAUCAGCACGAAAACACCGCGACUCUCUCAUUGCGUCAGCCCUCGACGAAGAAGGCACCGCAACCAAGAAAAGUUCGCACUCGUUCCUCCAAGGUCGAAGCUGUCGAACCACCCAGUUCCUACAGUCAAGCAACCCCCAAGCCCGAACUUGAGCCGGGGCAUACAUUGCCAUUGAACUUGAAAACGUGCGAAAACAACGAGACCAACGUAAACAGGUCUCCCAAGAAGUCUUCAAAGGAGACAACGAGCACGAUCUCGAAGCACAAGACCACCGGCCACCUCGAAAACAUCAUAUUACACGACGGCUUCUGGUCGAUCGACCAAUCUCCGCCUGGACAAGAUCCAUGUGAAGGCUCAACUGCCGAUAGCCUGAGCACAUCGCGCAGACAGGCUGCCAAGAAGAAAAGAAUCCCACGCGUCAGCAUCCUUGACCUCGUUUGA